GAAGCCUCCGAAAGCCUCAUUUAAAGCCCACGAAACCGCAUCCUUCUUCCUCAUCGAUCCUAUCCCUCCCCUCCUCUCUCCCUGGCCAUACCCAAGAACACAGCACUUCCCAUCUCAACUCCACUCCGGUCCGGCCGCUAUGGCCACUCCAAGAUUUCUCGCCAUCCUCCUCGUCACGGCUCUCCUCGCGCUUUCCUUCUCGCAAGGGGCGGUGUUGGUGGUGGAGGGCAGGAAGGUGCAGGUGAUGAGGGCGGUGGGGCGGUGGCGCUCGCCCCUCCGCGGCGUCCGGUUGCAGGAGCAGCAGGAGGGCGGCGGGAUGGUGUCGACGGUGAUGGACUACUCGGAACCCAAGGCCAACACCAACCCCCGCGGCAGCGUGCCCGCCGCGCCGGAGGACCCCACAUCGCCGCCGUGGCACUGAUCGAUCGACGCAUUUGCGUGUAGAGGACGAAGAGGCCAGGAGGGAUCCGAACGAACGGCUGUUCUCCUCCCUCUUUGCCGCGGUAAAUCUUUGAUGAGUUGGUUAAUCUGGAGAACUGUAUGUAUACUGCUUAUGUUUUGAGUUUUGAUCUCUCGAUCUGUACGUUUCCCCCCUGCAUGCUGCCCAUCUGUACAACCCAUCCAUGUGUAUGUGCUUUGCAAUAAAAUCAUCAACAUUGUGCCA